CCGCCGUCAAAAUUCAAUCUCCAUCAUUUUCCUCGAUCCGGACCAGAGCGAGGAGUGGAAACUACACGCGAAUCGCGUAAUGUGAAUCAUUUGAAUGUUAGAAAAAUUGUGAAGUUUCUGUAGAAUUUUGAAUUCGAGGAAGAAGAAAUCGGAGCAUUUCGUAGAUCAAUUUUUGAAUUUGGAGAGGAAGGAAGAGAUGAUGGCUUCGGAUCCAAAACUGAAGGCUGAGAUCGGUCCCGAUGGACUUGCAAGAGAAGCUCUGGUUAUUGCUUACACAGAGAAGAUAAUCGAGGAAGAGCAGCUUCAGUUGAGGAAAUACAUUGAGGAGAACUAUACAAAAAUAAGGGAUGUGGAGAGGGAAUUCGGAAACCUCACGAUGGAACUGAAACUCACCGCUGGACCUAAGAAAGCAGCAAUGGAACACUUGAGAAAGAAAAUUGAAGUCUGUACUGAAAAGAUCCAUGUUGCAAAGUUGAAAGAAGACGAAGCGCGAAAGGCAUAUGAAGCAGCAUCAAAAGUCGUGAGGGAUGAAGAAGCGACGAAGCAGAGUCUUUGCGAAGAUUUAAACCGUCUGGUGCAAGAAAGCAGUAAUACGCAGUACGCUAGACUUGAGGAAUUGAAAAGAAGACUAGAAGCGCUAAAUCCAAAUAGAUCAUCUACUUCUAUUCAGCAAACUCAUCCGCAAGAACCAGCAAAUAACAACGGUAAAGAGGAAGGAGCUAAAGAACAUGGACAAAGGCCAGCAACAGCUGAAGGAGAAUCAAAAUCGAAAAAGAAACCACAGAUUCAAGGAAGGGGAAGAGGAAUUGGAAUCAUGAACAAAGGCAGAGGAGGUUGGACAGGUGCUGGAUUCGAUGUGGAUGGUAGAAAUUAA